ACCGCGUGGCUAGGGAAGACGGAUGUAAACAAAGACUGUGUCCCGAUCAAAAACCUGCAAAUCCGGACGUUAUGCCGAUUUUGACAGACAUAUUUUAAAAUGUUUCUCCAUCAAGCCGACAUCGUGGACUUUCACUGUCCAUAAUUCCAGAGGCACGUGAUCAAGCUAGCAGCUGCACGGGAACAAGUCUCCUUUUAAAGCCACCGUUACCUCCACAUUGCAACUGGUUUGAAACAACAGCAAAAAUGAAGUUUCUGAAACUCUUUGGACGUGCUAAAUCUGUGGUUAUUGGAAUGAUUCAUGUUCAAGCCUUGCCAGGCACACCUUUAGGAAGCAUGGCCAUUCCUCAAAUUAUUGAGGAGGCAUGCCAUGAGGCAGAAAUCUAUCACAAUGCGGGAAUUGAUGGGCUGAUCAUUGAGAACAUGCAUGACAUUCCAUACACAUUCUCAGUUGGACCAGAGGUGUGUGCCUCUAUGACCGUGGUGUGUGCAGCUGUGAGGGGGAUCUGUCCGUCUCUGCCUCUUGGAGUUCAGAUCCUGUCUGCAGCAAACAGCUCAGCUGUUGCUGUUGCACUGGCUUCAGGUAUGGAUUUUAUCAGGGCAGAGGGAUAUGUCUUCUCGCAUGUUGCUGAUGAAGGCCUUUUGAAUGGAUGUGCCGGAGACCUUUUGCGAUACCGCAAGCAAAUACAGGCUGAACAUGUGCAGAUUUUCACUGAUAUAAAAAAGAAGCACAGCUCCCAUGCCCUGACUUCAGAUGUGAGCAUAGUGGAGACGGCCAGAGCAGCCGAGUUUUUCCUCUCUGACGGGCUCAUCAUCACUGGAACAGCCACAGGGGUUCAGGCAGAUCCAGUGGAGCUCAGAGAUGUUGCAGGGUCAGUAAGACUCCCAGUUCUUAUUGGCUCAGGAGUGACCCAUGACAACGUGGAACACUACCUUGAUGCUAGUGCAAUGAUAAUUGGCUCUCAUUUCAAGAGGGGAGGAGUUUGGGCAAAUGCUGUUGAUCCAGAAAGCGUUAAGAAGUUCAUGGGGAAGGUGCGUUUGCUUCGGAAAUGAAAUCCACCAAUUUGCUGCUAAAAUAAUUUAAUGCAGAACAAUGACAUUUGGUGGUAAUAAUACAUGUAAUUACUGAAGUUAUGUCUCAUGCUAUUUAAUAAAACACAAAUAAUACCUACACAAAA